GCCUGUCCAUGUCCCCUUCUCCACAUAUAAACACCACCGAUUCCGAGAAGCAAUCCGGGAGCAGUCAGCAGAGCCGUGGAGCUAGGCCCUAAAUAUAGGGCAGGGGCGGCAGCUGCCGCGGGUUGGUGAGGAUGGUGAAGUUCUCGCGGGAGUACGAGGCCAGCAUCAUCCCCGAGUGGAAGGCCGCCUUCGUCGACUACAAGUGCCUCAAGAAGCUCAUCAAGAGGAUCAAGAUCGGCCGCCGGGACGCCGGACACCACCUUCCACCACCGACGUCGCUCGUCUGCAAGGAGAGUGGCAGCAGCGGCUAUGGCUUCUCGGUUCUUGAUCCCGUCCGCGCCCUCGCCACCCGCUUCGCCGCGAAGCCGGCUCUGGCUCAGGCUCAUGCAGCUUCACCAGAGGAGGAGAGCUCGGAAUCUGAUUCAGGGGAGCUCGUGCGAUCCACGGACAAGCAUGAGCGUGAGUUCCUGGAGAAGGCGGACGAGGAGCUGGAGAAGGUGAACAAGUUCUACGCGUCGCAGGAGGCGGAGCUGCUGGCGCGCGGCGAGGCACUCACCGAGCAGCUCCGCAUCCUCGCCGACGUCAAGCGCAUCCUCGCUGACCACGCCGCGUCAUACCGCCGCGUCCGCGGUCGCCUGAGCCGGGCCGCCUCGGAGCCCCCCUCGCACUCGCCGUCCGUGAACGGGUCCAGCGGCCGGCACCUCCUCUCCGGCCUGGCCUCGCCGCAGUCCAUGUCAGCUGAUGGGAGCGUGGAGGCGCAGCAGGCGCGGGUGGCGGAGGGCGCGGCGGUGGCGGAGGAGGUGAUGGCGGCGCUGGAGCGGAAUGGCGUGAGCUUCGUGGGCGGGGGGCUGGCCAAGGCGAAGAAGGACGGCAGCGGCAAGCUGCUGAUGGGGAGGGGCGCGCUGCUGCAGCUGCCGGCGACGGUGAGGAUCGACAUCCCGCCGACGAGCCCGGGGAGGGCGGCGCUCAAGGUGUGGGAGGAACUGGUGAACGUGCUCCGCAAGGACGGCGCCGACCCGGCUGCCGCCUUCGUCCACCGCAAGAAGGUCCAGCACGCCGAGAAGAACAUCCGCGACGCCUUCAUGGCGCUCUACCGCGGCCUCGAGCUCCUCAAGAAGUUCAGCUCUCUCAACGUAAAGGCUUUCACUAAAAUAUUGAAGAAAUUCGUCAAGGUUUCAGAGCAGCAGCGAGGCACGGACUUGUUUUCAGAGAAGGUGAAGAGGUCUCCAUUCAGCAGCUCCGACAAGGUGCUUCAGCUCGCAGACGAGGUGGAGUACGUCUUCUUGAGGCAUUUUGCAGGCAACGACAGGAAGGUGGCCAUGAAGUACCUCAAGCCGCAGCAGCCCAGGAACACCCACAUGAUCACCUUCCUCGUAGGCCUGUUCACAGGCACAUUCGUGUCGUUAUUCGUCAUAUAUGCAAUUUUAGCCCAUGUCGCUGGCAUCUUCUCUUCUACUGGAAACACAGCCUAUAUGGAAAUAGUUUACCAUGUUUUCAGCGUGUUUGCACUCAUCAGCCUGCACGUCUUCCUGUAUGGGUGCAAUCUCUUCAUGUGGAAGAGCACCAGGAUUAGCCACAACUUCAUAUUUGAUUUCUCGUCAAGCACCGCCCUGACGCACAGGGAUGCCUUCCUCAUGUCUGCAUCGAUCAUGUGCACCGUCGUCGCUGCACUGGUCAUCAAUCUGUUCCUCAGGAACGCCAGCGCAACCUACGCCAAUGCAUUGCCCGGUGCACUCCUACUUCUGUCAACAGGAGCUCUGUUCUGCCCAUUUAACAUCUUCUACCGCUCUACGCGCUACUGCUUCCUGCGUGUUAUGCGAAACAUCGUAUUCUCGCCAUUCUACAAGGUUCUGAUGGCUGAUUUCUUCAUGGCUGACCAACUAACUAGCCAGAUCCCACUAUUAAGACACAUGGAGUUCGCAGCGUGCUACUUCAUGGCUGGAACUUUUCAGACUCACGCAUAUGCGACAUGUACCAACAGCCAACAAUACAAACACCUAGCCUAUGUGAUUUCCUUCCUGCCUUACUACUGGAGAGCAAUGCAGUGUUUGAGGAGGUACCUGGAGGAAGGACAUGAUAUCAACCAACUUGCUAAUGCCGGCAAGUACGUAUCAGCAAUGGUUGCAGCUGCUGUUAGGUUCAAGUACGCUGCAACACAAACACCAUUCUGGGUGUGUAUGGUCAUCAUUUCAUCCUCAGCGGCCACCAUUUACCAGCUCUACUGGGACUUUGUCAUGGACUGGGGCCUUUUAAACCCCAAAUCUAAGAACUUAUGGCUCCGAGAUGAACUCGUCUUGAAGAAUAAGUCGAUCUACUAUGUGUCCAUGAUGCUCAACCUUGCUCUGCGUCUAGCCUGGACACAGAGUGUAAUGAAGGUCCGUCUUGGUAAGGUGGAGUCUCGCUUGCUGGAUUUCUCACUCGCUUCACUAGAAAUUAUCCGACGAGGACAUUGGAACUUCUACAGGCUGGAGAAUGAACAUUUAAAUAAUGCUGGAAAGUUCAGGGCAGUGAAGACUGUCCCAUUACCAUUCCGCGAACUUGAAACUGAUUGAUAGAGACAAGGGCUUCCCAAUAUCAAGGGAAUUUAGGGCCAGAGUUCCAGGAACGGAUACACAGACCCUGCUAAUGCUUGCGCUAGAUUUGGUGUCUAAGUGGUAAUAAAGUAAUCAGAGAGCAUAACUAGACAAGAUCAUGGUGUUGCACAUUCUAAGAUGGAAUAAGCUCAGACGGUCCAUCGCAUGGAGGGACCAGAGCACAGCUAAAUGAGGCAUUCUGGUCAGGAAAUAUGGGAUGGAUUCCUUAUUGGUCGGUUGAAGAUUGCUGCAUGUUAAUCAACUAACAAGAUCUUAACUUCGAUGACUAAGUUAUGUAUGUAUCUAGGAAUUGAUGCCAGAAAAAUAUUGCAUGAAGUCGUAUGCUCCAGGGCA